UAGUCUUGUUCCUGUCUGUCAUUUAUCGGUGCUCCCUUCACUUCACAGACUUGCUAGCUCUGGAGCCAAACAACUGGAACAAAGUUAAUCCAUAUAACUGAGCUUGAAAGAGAGAGAGAGAGAAAAAAGAAGCACAAAGAACUUUGCAUUGACGAGGAGUGAAUAAAAUGCCUGCAGUCUCUAAAGGGGAUGGGAUGCGUGGUCUGGCUGUGUUCAUCUCCGAUAUCAGGAACUGUAAAAGUAAAGAGGCAGAAAUCAAGAGGAUAAACAAAGAGCUGGCCAACAUUCGUUCCAAAUUUAAAGGAGACAAGGCUUUGGACGGGUACAGUAAAAAGAAGUACGUCUGCAAGCUGCUCUUCAUCUUUCUUCUGGGCCAUGACAUCGACUUUGGACACAUGGAGGCGGUCAACCUCCUCAGCUCCAACAAGUACACAGAGAAGCAAAUUGGUUACCUGUUUAUCUCGGUGCUGGUGAACUCUAACAGCGACCUGAUCCGUCUGAUCAACAACGCCAUCAAGAAUGACCUCACCAGCCGCAACCCGACCUUCAUGAACCUGGCUCUGCACUGCAUCGCUAACGUGGGCAGCAGGGAGAUGGCAGAGGCUUUCGCUUCUGAAAUUCCCAGGAUCCUGGUUGCAGGGGACACCAUGGACAGCGUUAAGCAGAGUGCAGCACUGUGUCUGUUACGACUCAACAGGGCUUCUCCUGACCUCGUGCCCGUGGGGGAAUGGACAGCGCGCGUGGUCCAUCUGCUUAAUGAUCAGCACCUGGGAGUGGUAACAGCAGCUACCAGCCUCAUAACUACUCUGGCCCAGAAGGGUCCUGAUGACUUUAAAACCUCCAUUUCAUUGGCCAUAGCCAGGCUCAGCAGGAUCGUAACCUCCACAUCCAUCGACCUGCAGGACUAUACGUACUACUUUGUUGCUGCACCGUGGUUGUCGGUUAAGUUGCUGCGUCUGCUACAGUGCUACCCUCCACCUGAGGAUGCAGCUCUACGAAGUCGUCUGACCGAGUGUCUCGAGACCAUCCUGAAUAAAGCUCAGGAGCCACCAAAGUCCAAGAAGGUCCAGCACUCCAAUGCAAAGAAUGCUGUUCUGUUUGAAGCCAUCUCCCUCAUCAUCCACCAUGACAGUGAGCCCACCCUGUUGGUACGAGCCUGCAACCAGCUUGGUCAGUUUCUGCUGCACAGAGAAACAAACCUCCGGUACUUGGCUUUGGAGAGCAUGUGCACUCUGGCCAGCUCUGAGUUUUCUCACGAGGCCGUAAAGACGCACAUAGAGACAGUCAUCAAUGCCCUGAAGACAGAGAGAGACGUGAGCGUCCGCCAGCGGGCUGUGGAUCUGCUGUACGCCAUGUGCGACCGCAGCAACGCCAGGCAGAUCGUGGCAGAGAUGCUGAGAUACUUGGAGACUGCAGACUACUCAAUCAGAGAGGAAAUAGUCCUCAAGGUGGCCAUCCUGGCUGAAAAGUACGCAGUGGACUACACCUGGUACGUGGACACAAUCCUCAACCUCAUCCGCAUCGCUGGUGACCAUGUCAGCGAGGAGGUGUGGUACCGGGUCAUCCAGAUUGUCAUAAACCGCGAUGACGCCCAGGGAUAUGCUGCCAAAACUGUCUUUCAGGCACUACAGGCUCCAGCCUGCCAUGAGAAUCUAGUCAAGGUGGGAGGUUACAUCCUCGGAGAGUUUGGAAACCUGAUUGCUGGUGACUCACGCUCCAGCCCUCUGGUCCAGUUCAACCUCCUCCACUCCAAGUUUCACCUGUGCUCUGUGCCAACUCGGGCCCUGUUGCUGUCCGCUUACAUCAAGUUCAUUAAUUUGUUUCCAGAAGUUAAAUCCACAAUCCAAGACGUCUUGCGCUCAGACAGCCAGCUCCGCAACGCCGAUGUUGAGCUGCAGCAGAGAGCUGUCGAGUACCUUCGACUCAGCUGCAUCGCCAGCACGGACAUACUGGCCACAGUGUUAGAAGAAAUGCCCCCAUUCCCCGAGAGAGAGUGUUCAAUCCUGGCCAAGCUGAAGAAAAAGAAGGGCUCCAGCAAACUGCCUGUCAUCGAGGAUACCCGACGCAGCGUCAACGGUAGCAGCGAGUGCAGCGAGGACGUUGAAGUCAUGGGAACGACCCGUCCUGCUACAGAUGUGCUGAAUCUAAACUCAUCACCCUCUGCAGGAGCCAGUCUGCUAGUUGAUGUCUUGUCUGACAUCUCCACCCCUACAUCCACACACGUGUCGGAGGAACAUUUUUCCAGCUUUGUGUGCAGGAACAGUGGUGUCAUCUUCGAGAACCAGCUUCUGCAGAUCGGACUGAAGGCUGAGUUUCGUCAGAACCUGGGUCGCAUGUAUGUGUUUUAUGGCAACAAGACAUCUACUCAGUUCCUCAGCUUCACCUCAUCAGUGAGCAGCCGUGAGCUGAAUGUCCAUGCUAAGGCGGUAGACUCCAUAAUAGAGGGUGGAGCUCAGGUCCAGCAGCUUCUGAACAUUGAAUGUGUGUCAGAUUUCUCAGAUGCACCAGUACUCAGCAUUGCGUUCAGAUGUGGUGGAGCUUUGCAGAACAUCGCAGUGAAGCUUCCUGUGAUGCUGAAUAAGUUUUUCCAGCCUACAACCAUGAUGUCCCAAGACUUCUUCCAACGCUGGAAACAGCUCGGAGCGCCUCAACAAGAGGUUCAGAAAAUCUUCAAAGCCAAACACUCAAUGGACAUGGACGUAACCAAAGCAAAGCUGUUGGGUUUUGGUGUCGCGUUGUUGGACGGGGUGGAUCCCAAUCCUGGAAACUUUGUUGGAGCUGGAGUCAUUCACACUAAGAACACUCAGGUGGGCUGCCUCCUUCGGCUGGAGCCCAAUGCACAAGCACAGAUGUUCCGUCUCACCCUCCGGUCCAGCAAGGAGUCUGUAUCUCAGAGACUGUGUGAGCUGCUUUCAGAUCAGUUUUAGAUAUUUUUACACCUUCACUUUCUUAGUCUCACUGUUGAUUGGAAACGAUGUAUUGUACAAGUGUAACUGUUUUUUUUUAACUUGCUUUACCUUUAAGUGAACUGAGAUGUAUUUUUGCACAUGGCUUUACUUACCUGGUGUUUGCACUGAGAGCACCUUGGCGCAGAGGUUGAUGGUCCUGAAAUUGUCUCUGCAGCCUUGCAGCUGUUUUAAAUGUGUUAUUCGGGUACACACGGUUGUUUCACAGCCACUCUGAACCCGUUGGCUUAAACUUUAAAUCACAGAAGUACUUCAGACGAUGUCGAACACGAUAUUCUGAUGUUUCUUCCUCACUCUACUACUUAAACACAUCGUCUCCGAACACUUUCUAUGAAACAACUUUGUUUCCAUUUUUAACAUUUUAAUCAACAUUUUCAACAUUGAAAUAAAAGAAAGAAAACAUAGAA